UCUGUAAUUGUCAGCUAUAAGUGAAUAUGUCAAACUGUAGUGGAAGAAUGCCAUAGAUUUACAUUUUAAUAUCAGUAAAAUAAUGCCCUAUAAUUAGUUUUUAUUAUUUUAAUUACUGAAAAUGUUCACUUUAGGGGGUCAACGGGUCUUACAUAAGUGCCUCAAGAUUUUGAGGUUAUCGUUUGUCGACUUUAGUAGUCUCCCUGAUAUAAAGAAGUUAAAUCUAGUAAGAACUGUCGAAAAGACGAUAGACACUAACACUAAUAUAUUUAUAGAGAGCCCGAUUCAUGUUAAAGUGACGCCAAUUGAUGUCAAUGAUUUAAACGCACACAACAAAUUGACCAUGACUCUGUACAGUCAGGGGAAAGAUAUCAAUGAUUUCCAAGUUAAACAGACCUCGAAGCGGCUGGAGCUACUGAACCAAAAUACUUCUCCGGAUAAGAAUGAUGUGUGCAUUAUACAGGUCCCUUAUAAAGUUAAUGUACAGGUCACCACUAUAGAUACAGCAUCUGUGCAACUAUCAAAGCUAGAAGCAUCAGAGUUUGUCGUCAAAACGCAAAAAGGAUCAGUAAAUGUCGCUGAUAUAAAAGCUGAUAAAAUUGAAGUCGAAAGUGGGUCUGGUGAAGUUAAAACCGAAGGCAGUUUGCAGGCGAGCCAAAUAGAAAUUAAAACAGGUCUAGAGGGGGAUAUAAAGUGCAAUAAUAUAAUGGCGAAUUCAUUUACUGUUGUGUCACACGCUGGACACAUCUCGGUCAAGUCAUGUUAUAGUGACAAAUCACACUUCACAACUCUAAUGGGCAACAUUAAGUUGGACCACCUUCAUAGAACUGUGAAGAUAGAUGUCAUCCAGAAAGGAAAUUUGAGCAUCACCGGAUUUGCUGGUAAUCUUCAAGCAACACUCAAGAGUGGCGAUGUUUUCAUGCAUGCAUCUCAAUUGACUGAGAAAAGUAGUAUUUUCAUACAUGAAAAAGGAAAGGUGGAACUGUUAAUACCGAAAAUUUUGCACAAUUUGCCAUCGACAAAUUUAAUAGCAGAACAAAUUAAAGUGGAUGAGAAGAUUCUGAAGCUCGGUAGAUUUAUGGAUGAUUCACAUCCAAAGAGGUUUAGAUAUGAGAAGGAACCCCAGAACGAGUUACACAUAGUUUGUAAGAAUGGUAAAAUUGAAUUAAAAGAAACAGAUCUCCCUUUCAUUAUAUGAAAAUUGUAGCACUCAUGCAUUUACUGGACUUAGAUAUUGAAUAAAUGGAACUUGGAGAGAUCCUGUUACUAUUUCAAAUGUUGUUUACUAUUAAAUGCAUUUAAAUAAAUUUAUAAUCUGUGUAUUGAUUCUCCAUAUACUCUGUAAGGAAUUAAAUUAUAUAUGCCUUGCAUUGUAAUGUAGAUGUUCCUUAGAUGCUAUGUAAACUAAACUAAUAUUAAACAUAAUAUUAUCUUAAUUAUCUGUAUGACAUACAGACAUAUUUGAACAACAUGCCAAUGUCUUCCAAAAAUUAAUUUCAGUUAUAAAAAAAUAUGAUCAUCAAUCUUUUGUAAUCUAUAUUCUUGUUCUUUGUAACUUUUCUUUAUAUUUUCUUUUAUUUUUUUUGUAUAUAUACUUUUUUAAUUUUAAAUGUCAUUUCUUACAAAUAUCCACGAUAAACAUUUUAAUAAUGUUUUAUUUUGAGCAUACUAAGUAAUUCACAUUUUCUUAAUGUGACAAAAGCUUUUCGAGUUGGAUUAAAAGAAAAAAAAAGUUUGUAAAUUUAAUAAGUAAAUAUAAUUGGCGUUUCAGAACUGCUUAGUAUAAUUCCAUUGUUAAUCUUAUGUCAUGUUCAGCUGUUGCAGUGUUGUAGUUUUGGGAUUAUAUGUACGUUGUGUUUAUUCUUAGUGUCUAUGUAAUGUUAUUUAAUGAGUAAAUAAUAUUAAUAAAGAUAAUUUAGAUUAAA